AUGAAUCGAAGCAGAAGAACUCGAAGAAGCAGAUCGGAGUCGGAAGAACAGGCUGCAGCUGGAGCUGAAGUUGAGGCAGUCUCUGUUGAAGCAGAAGCUGAAGCUAUUGCUCCAACUGGAACUGAUGCUCCAGCUGGAACUGACGACGCCCCAGCUGUCUCGUGGGACUCCUUUCUAGAACGCACCACCGCCAACCAGUUGAACAAGUUGAUGCCCAUUCCGCUCGAUUUCGUGCCCUUCCAAGACCUCAUCCAGUCCUGGUACUACCAGUACAGCGUAAUGUGGCUCAGCAACGUGUGUUCCGGGUACUGGACGCAGGGCUUCACCAGCGGCAAGCCAUGGUUCACCGAAAUUACCUUUGACGAACGUCUAAUGCUACUGGACUACCAGGCAGGCUGGAGUUUACACGAAGAAGAGACAGCAUCUGCAGCAGCAGAAGCGGCAGAAGAAGAAGGAGGAGAAGACGAAGGAGGAGAAACUGGCUCCACCAAUUUGUUCAGAGCCAUAUUGCUCAGGCUGCUGAGGUCGCUCGAGCAGGACAAAACGGUCCGGUUGGAACACUGGGACGAGAUCGUCAAGUACCACAUCUUCAACUCGAAACAACGCGCUUCCCUGCUGUGGUAUACAGAAGACGUCAAUUGCAAGUUCAGCGAGUUGAACGUCGUGCAACAAUUCGAAAUCAUCUUCCAUGUGAUCAAACUCGUCGAAAGGAAGAACAUCGGAUUCAGAAACUACUUGCAAAACCAUCUAGACAACUUCCAGUUCCCCGAGAUCUGGGAAAACGAUACAACGUCGUUGGUCGUGCUUCCCACGGGCAAAAUCAUCAGGAAACAGGUAUCCAUGAGUGAGUCCACGUCGUCGUCGUCAAAGCAAGGGCCCUCGAUACCGAUCAAGUUGCAGAACUGCGUCGUGGUGGAGCAAACAGAAACCACGAUCGACGUGAUCCAUUUGGACUACUCGGAUGAGAUAGACGCGUACUUGGGCGACGUCAAGAUCGAGUACGAGACGUUGGCACACGAUUAUAGAAGUUUCGUCGAGUAUCUCGAGACAUUGGACGACGAGGACUUCCAAGAGUUUUUCCAAGGGUUGAUCGAAUACCACGCCGAGGCAGAAGUGUACGGCCGCAAGCUGUAUGCCAACAGGCUCAAGCAGCAGUCGCUACAGGCGCUCAUGGUGAGGAGAAAACGGUCGUCGCGGUUGGUUGCGCGCGAGGAAGAGCACCAGAAGAAGGAGUUGGAAACGAAGUGGUACGACAAGCUCGAGCGCAGAGAACAGUUCCUCCGUCACCGCAACAGAGUGCUCACCAGACGCACCAAGAAACUAAAGGACUACUUGUGGUCGCUACUAUGGGAGAAGUUUGAGAAGGACUUUACGCAGGAGAAGCUGAGGAGGAGGAACAACAACAACAACAACAACGGUGGGGCCGGAGCUGAACCCGAGCCGUCGCAGCUGCAAAUCGAAGAGAUCGACGCGCACGUGAUCGAGUUUGGCAGGAACUUCAAGCAAUGGAUCGUGCCCAUCGACGAGGACGCGUACGCAUACAAAGACGACGAGAUCGACACGCUGGAACUCCCGGUAGAGUUGUGCAUAACGCAGCAAGAUUUAGACAACCUCGAAAAGUUUGGCAUUCCCACAAAGCAGUACAAAGUGGACUCGCAAAACUGGUACCUCGAUUGCAAGAGCGGGAAGCACGGCAUCAACGAUUUCAAGAAGGUGAAGGACCACAAGAUUGUGUGCUGCGAAAAGACGCUGAGAUGGGAAUUGUGGGAGGAACAGGACCCCAAAGUGAUAGAAAUUCUUUCGCACGGACACGACCAUUUGCUAACGCCCAGGGAAUUGGGCGCUGUGACCAUGUACGACGAGAACUUGCGGAGAAGGUCGUCGAGACGCGACGAGUCAGCUAGUGACAAGGUAUCGCAUGUGGAAAACAGGCCUACAGACAGAAAACCGUUUGACGUUACAGAGCCGUUCCUCAGCGCUAGGACCUUGCACCAGAUGGAACAAGAGCUAAGGAACAACUUUGCAGCCGAGGUGGCUCUAAUUAGGACGGCCGAAAAGAAGAAGGCUGAAGAGAAAGAGAAGCGUAAGAGGAUUAAAGAAGAGAAAAAGAGACAAGCUCAGGCCAAGCAGAACGUGAUUGUACAGACUGUGCCUCAGACCGUGCCUCAGGUUUCGACUCAGACUGCGCCUCAGGUGUCGGCUCAGACUGUGCCCCAGACUGUGCCUCAAAACGCGCCUCCAACCACGUCGCCACAGUGA